UUGGUGAGGUUGAGUGUGCCGGUACAGCUGCAGUCCUCCCAGUUCUGUUUCCUUCACGUUACAUCCGUCCGGAUCCCACGGGAGAACCGCCACACUGUGAGCAUCACACCAUCAGACCCACCACGACAAUGGAGUACUCGAUCCGCGCGGCCAACGUGGAGGACUGCAAGGACAUAGCGCGCAUGAUUGUGGAAUUGGCUGAAUAUGAGAAAAUUGCAGACCAUGUGAAAGUCACACAGAGAGAUUUGGAGCAGGACGGCUUCUCCAAGAACCCGUUCUUCCACGGGAUCAUCGCUGAGGUGCCAGAACAGCACAAAACCAAAGAAGGCCAUACGAAGAUAGGCUAUGCACUUUACUUCUAUUCCUACAGCUCAUGGAUGGGCAGAGCCAUUUAUAUGGAGGACUUGUAUGUGAUGCCUGAGUUCAGAGGGAAGGGGAUUGGUAAAGCACUUAUGAGCAAGGUAGCACAGCUGGGUCUGGCUGCCGGCUGCAACCAGCUCAACUUCACCGUCCUGGACUGGAACAAAUCAUCAAUGGACUUUUAUCACAGCCAGGGCUGCUUCGAUAUUACGGCUAACAUGGGCUACCACUGUAUGCGCUGCGAGGGAGAGGCACUGGAGCACCUGGCCCAACCCUAACCCAACACGUGACGGCAUGACCUCUGCAACCAUGAGGUCAACCCAUACAGUGCAGGGAUAGAGCACCACUUAGUGGCCCCGUUCCAAAACUUGACAAUGACAAUCAUGAAGCUGAUUUCUCGAAAAGCAGAUUAUUAAAAUAACUGACAGUUUGUUAAGCCCUGCCUCCCUAUUGUUAGUUUUCCCUGCUAGCGCAGCACAUAUGCCAUUUACAGUGAUAACAGUGGCAGAUUUACCACCUGAAAUAUAACAAUUGGAUUUCAGUUUCACGUAGAGGUAAAUAAAAGCAGGCUUCUCAUAUACAAGCUUUUUUUGUUGGUUGAAAAAGGCAGAUUUUAUUCGUUGGAGUUAACUAGUGUUAACUCAUCGACACUAAAAAUGAAAACCAUGUAAAAUACAAUGGCUUCAGACAUGAUUUAAUACUAAAAGACUGAAGCUAAAACUACUUGUUCCAAGCAAAAAGAGCACACCAUCCUUGAUGAUCUAUGUAGAAGACAUGGAAAUAAAGAGCCAUAUUUGUCUUGCAGUUAAGAGAUAGUAAGCCAUGUUUUAGAAUAGUAUUAUAAAUAAAAUUUUUUUUUUUACUGUUUGCAUUUUCUAAGUUUUUACAAGUAAAAAGUUUUUUAGAUAGUGGACUUAUACUGAGGUGUUUAACAAACACAAAGCUGUUUUGUAUAGUGAAUUGGCUUGAGUUGCUGGAGUCAAAGCUUUCCAAAAUCCAAUUAUGAACCGGACACAACCACUAACAUAAGCCUAAACUCUAAUUAUAUGCUCCUUGGUUUUGAAAGUAAUGCUCAGUUACUGCUGGUUGUAAGCCAGUUAGCAGGCAUGCUAACGUUCACAGCUUUCAUUAGAGCAGACAAAUACUGUUAAUGCAUUCCUGACCAUUUUCCUGUGGUGUUUUAAAAAGAAACCCUCCAAACUCUAUAUGUACGAGGUAUCCUUCAUACUGUAGCCCCACGCACAUCGCUUCAACAUCUACCUGCUGUGCCUUGUUAUGGUUCGAAAGGGGUUUAACAAACAGUCAGUUGGCUUAUUAUUAAGGGGCGAGGAUGCAGUUUUAAGUAUUGGAAUGGGGCCAAUGCAAUACAUUUAAAUAGUACAUAACCGAGGCACUGAAAUCUGUGUAUUGUGUUUUUCCCUUGUAAUAUGUUAAUGACCUAGAGCACCUUUUGAUUUCGGUGUUAAAUGGAUCAGAUAACCUAACCUCUCUGCUUAGAGUGUGAACAAAUGUAGAAUAUAUGGGGCAUGAGAAAGGACUAACAGGAGUGUGCAUGUGUGUGCUGUUGUGGGAUUUUUAGAGAAAGUCUUAACAUACAGUAAUCAUCAUCUAGAAAUGAAGCCAUUUUUUGCACAGAAAUACUUUAUGCAUUUCAAAAGCCAAGAUGUUUCAUUGUACGACUGUUGGGAAAAGAGCGAGUUUUUGGUAUCUUAUCCCUUUAAAUCCGUGAUAAACUAUGACAACAGCAACCAAAGAGUCAGUCACCUCUCCCCUCGUCUUCCAGAUGAGGAGUACUGUAAAGCUGUUGUCAAGCACAAUGUUGGUAUUUGCACUGUUUUUCCUCCAUUUAAGCUUCUGUAUGAAUGUACAAAGGUGUUGUGAUGAAAUUGUGAAGUAAAGGAAUAAGUUGGAUUAAAUAUAAACCAACUUCCUUGCAGCCAAACAACAAACCCUCGGGGCUGGUUUAAAAAACGAAAAUGUAUGAAGCCUAGAAUCAGAAAAAAACAAUCCAUCUGGUGGAUUUUAAAAAAUAAAAGUCUUGGACUGGGCUCAGGUACUGUAUUUGAACCUGUCCUGCUAAAACGAAAGGGGCAUAAUUCUGGUCUGCACCACAGUUUCAAAUCCAGUUCUACUCUUUUUUUCCUUUUCUUUUUUUAAAGGGAGCUUUUUGUAUCUUGUCCAGCAAUUUAAUGAAAACAGUCUGAGUUGUGGGUUAUAUUUAGUUUGUUUUCUCCCACUCUAAACAAGUAAGAACCACUGACCCUCCUUUGUAGCUUUUGCAAUUUGCAUUUCUUUUCAUACUUUGUUUACAAAAUAAUUGAGUGAAGAAUGUGUAUUUUUUUUUUUAUCCGUGGGACAUUGGUUAAUGAAAUAUUCAUGUAUGCUUCGACGUGCAAAAUCUACAGACUUCAUUUGUGUGGAAAAGUACAUUCAAUAUGCUGUUAUUGCUAUUAGAGAGCACAUGAGCCCCAAAAAUCAAUAUAGAGUCCAAAGGUGAAGAGAUAUUUAUAACCUGCAACUUCCCAUCCGAAUGCCAGAGCCAGAGCUAUAAAUUAUACUUGUUCCCAGCAUGGAUUCCUCAAACUGUUUCAAAAUCAAAUCAAAGUUCAACUCGGAUUUCUGUCACAUCUUUGCAAUAAAUCAGACUUUUAGGAGUAUUUUUUUUUUCAUGCAAAAGACGAGUAAACACUGCAGUUAAAUGUUUGAAAUGUUAAUUCAGUCUGUAGUGAGCAGGAUGUGUAUGUGAUUACUACACAGUGUAUCAGUAUGAGUAGAAAAGACAACCAUGGAGAUGUACUGAGCUCAUUUUCACAACUUUGGGGCGGUUUAGUUGUCAGGAAGGGCCUAAGUGUGUUCCCCUAGUGCACCACUCACAUGGUAAGAUAUACCCAGUGUGUUCAAUAUGGAGUUUGUGCAGUCAUUGAUGUUUUCUGCCAGCAGAGGCACAAGUUUGUAUGUGUUCGCAUGUCUGAAAUGGUUGAAAAUAAAAGUGGUCAUUGAAACCUUAUGAAUCCAAAAAGUCACCUAUUCGGAAACGCCAUGCAUUUUAGAGUUAAUCCAGUGAGUUUUUAAAGGGCUUCAUAUGAUCAAUUAAAUCCCCUAAACCCAGAAACGAGCAAUAAAUUCCUCAAACGAAAGAUGAAAACCACUAAAAAUGGAUUCAUAGGUUUUUAACAUGACCAGGGAAAUGCUGGAUUAUGUGACCAUGACAUAACACCGUCCACAGUUUAGUGUCAUUUUGCUGUGCUAGAAAUCCUAGAAAGCCAUGUCACAUUUAAGCCCAGAACCUGCAUGAGAGUCAAAUACUGGUUUCAUAAAAGUAUUUUAGGCUUCCUGUUGUCACCCAUCCUUGAAAACCCAGAGUGUGUUUUACUGUUACUACUCGACUACCUGUUUGACUGCUGUGUUUGUGGAAUAAAACCCAUCAGACUGCAUUUAAAUAGUGAUGGCUUGUGUGAAUGUGUAGCUGUAUCCAUAUCUAUGGUUUCUACUAACAACCUGUCCCUUAAAUCCCAAUAAAUUGUUCAAAUAAAGUAAGAUACACUAUAUUCACUAUAUGUGCUAUUUAUAUAUUGUAAAAUAAAAGACACAUACAUAGAAAAAUGAAGUAAAACAAACAUACAGUAUGUGUUCUAUAUGAACAAAAGGAGAAAGAAAUGACUGUA